AUGUACAGCCUCGGGAACCUCAAGAGGCUGGGGUACGACAUGGCCGCGACCACCAGCCUGUCGUCGGAGCUGCCAGUGCUCUACAUGAACAACUUCUCGCAGUUCGACGCGUGGGGGAAGCGUUCGGUUCCAGGAUUUCGCGAGCGGUUGCCCGCGGUCGCUUUCAUGUCCAGCUACUGCGGAGACAAGGGGGAAUUGGUGACGAUGCUCGCUGAACUGGGAAUCCCAGUGCACUCGCUUGGCAAGUGUGCGCCAAGUGGAAGCGAGAAUAAACACACCCCUGAGAUUGCGUCGGGAGACAAGGUGAGCUUCAUCAGCAAGUAUCGAGUCUAUCGAAGACAAUAG